AUGUCCGACCAGUUGUUUGAGCGUGAGAUGGAGGCAAAAAAAGCUUACAACAGUGCGGCUGAGAACUUUGAAAAAUUAUGGGCUGAGAAAUCUAGAUUGAAGAGGUCUUUUGGGGAUAGAUGCAGUAAAUUCUUCCAUUUAUCUACUAAAAUGAAAAGGGUGAAAAAUACCAUUCGCUCUUUGAAGACAGCAGAUGGGGAAGUACUUGUUGACCAAGAGCUGAUUAAAAAAUACGUGGAGGAUUAUUAUGAAAAUGUCCACAAGGCUGUGGAAGUUUCUGAGCAUGAGGAAAAUCUGAACUGCAUUCCUUGGGUUCUGGAGGAGGUGGACAUCUUCAGAUUGGAGUCGGUUCCCUGCGACUCGAAAAUCAGAGCAGUGGUGUGGGCUCUGGACCUGGACAGUGCACCAGGGCCUGAGAGUUUCCCUGGUACUUUUUUUAGAGCUUGCUGGGAGGUGAUAAGUGCGGAUGUGUGCAGUGCAGCCAAAUCUUUUUUCUCCUCAGGUUGUAUCCCUGCGGGGAUAAAUAAUUAUUUUAUUGCCCUUAUUCCUAAAGUGGAGGGUGCAGCUUCCCUUGAGAAAUUCAGGCCUCUGUGCAUGGGGAAUUUUUUCUGUAAGAUCUUAUCUAAGGUGAUGGCUCGUAGACUUGAACUGGUCCUCCCUAGAUUAAUCUCGGACGACCAGGGCGCUUUUCAGAAAGGGAAAGUCAUCCAAGACAAUAUUUCGAUUGCCUCGGAGCUUGCAAACUUGUUGGCCGCUGCCACAAGAGGAGGUGGUUUGGGGUUGAAAAUCAACAUCUAG